GUCAAGGAAUCACACACAUAUGAGUUUCAGACAAACGAGGCGACACACUGAGUGACUUCACCACAUAUGAACAUACAAAAGCCAAACUGAGAUCAACACUCUGAAAGACAAGUGUAAUUACUUGAAGAACUCUUGGUCUUAGAUAAGAUGGCAGCUAAGUGCGACAUGCAGGAAAAAAUUAACGAACUCUCCCAGCUGCUCCAGAAGGAAAAAGACUUGCGUGUCAGGGAGAAGCAGGGGGCCGCCAAGAGGGAGAAGGGCCUUCGUGCAGAGAUGAAGAGUGAGAAAGAAAGUCUUACCAACAAGAAUUUCAUUAAAACCCUGGCUGUGGAGAGGGAGAGGGACUCUUUACUGAAAGAGGUACAGAGUCUAAAAAUGGAUCUCAGUGAUAUCACUGAAGAGCACGAGGCUGAAAGGGCUGCAGAAAACAUCAGUAGAGAGCAAAGGGAUGAACUGCAACAAGAAGUCGAACAGCUUAAACUGCAGCUUCAUGAACAAAAAGACUUGCUUGUCAGGGAGCAGCAGAGGGCCACCGAAAGAGAGAAGGCCCUUCUAGCAGAGAUGGAGAGUGAGAAAGAAACUCUUACCAUCAAGAAUUUUAUUACAAUCAAUGCCCUAGAGAAGGAAAGGGACACUUUGCUGAAAGAGGUACAGAGUCUUAAAAAAGAUCUCGGUGAUAUCACUGAAGAGAACAAGGCUGAGAGGGCAGCAAAAAAGGUCAGUAGAGAGCAAAUGGAUGAACUGCAACAAGAAGUUGAUCAACUUAAAUUGCAGCUUCUGGGUGCUGAGAGGCAGCUCAGGGACUCUGAGCGGGAAAAAGAGCAGAACCAGAGGGAGCAGGACGAGCAGCAAGCUUCAGUUGUGCCUGAACUUGACACCUUGGAAGGGGAGAACGAGGCCUUAGUUGCUCAGACAGAAGAACUCAAAAUGAGCUGCAUAACUGCAGACGAUGAGAAAGGGGCUCGCCCAACGCCGACUUUCCCAACCACCUCAGAGGAGGAAAACAUUACUGUUGAAGACCUCCAGCCUGAAUCUUCCGGGGAGAAGAAGACCAAAAAACGUAAAGGGUGGAAGAAAUGUGUGCAUUAUGCCAAACCAUGGAAUUGGGUUAAAAAGUAGAAGUACUUUGGUAAUACGUCCACAUUUUGAGAAUAUGUCUGUUAAGAUUCUCAGUCAUCCAAGUCUCUGAGUGCUCCG